CCACUGCCCAGACUAUAGGGUGCAGUUUAUUAUUGCUUUCUUUUCCUUGUUGCUGUGGCUGCCCUAUCCGCCGUUGGCCGUUUCGCCGCUGGCUACUGGUUGUCCGCGUCCGCCAUCAAUCCUCUUCCACGCUGUCGUUGCUGGUUGCUUUUGCUUCCUGCAAUCCGGGCCAUAAGCACCAAGCCAGCUGUAUCAGUCCAAGCGGGCAGCAAGUCGAGAUCUGUGGUUUCGUAAUUGCCCAGGCGAGACAUCUCCUCUUCCCACUCUUGUAGUUCUCCCAUCUGUGGCGGAGGAGAGAGAGCCCGGUCAUGGCUACAAUUCGGAAGAGAGAAAACAGGCAAACAUUGGGAUGGUCGCUACAGUUCUGUGAUGAUUGGAAAAAAACAAAAACGAGAAAGGUGGUGUUGUGGCUGAUCUUGUCUGAUGAGCAACAGCGACCUAGCGCAUGUUCUUGUCCCCUGAUCCCAGGCGCCAAUGCGGAGGGCCGCUGCGAAACACCCUUGUCUCUGUUUCUCUGCACGCCGGGCUGGGCUCAGUCAGCAGAGCAGCUAGGACACUCCAAAUGGUAUCGACUUGUAAUGCCCGGAAUCAACUAUGCUUGGCUGGAGCCUUCGGAACGUUUACUUGCCGAUACUAUCAUUGCAAAAACGGGAAGGGCUCUGGAAAAGGGGAAUGCGGAGCAUCAUCCUCUCCUGGUGAUUACUAUUGGUGUCUUUUACUGCAAGUAUAACGACCUCCUUUGCACGGUAGCGAAUCCUUACCUAGCCUGCCUAGUGUACUCGAGUCUUGGAGGUGGUGUGUUGGUGUGCUUAACCUGGUUCUGGGCCACAUCACGUCGACCGGUCCCCUUCACAUUGGAUCUGUCUGGCGACUUGAUGAUCUGUGCUGUCAAGAUGCGUCUUUUCGUCUCCAUUCUUGCUUUGUUUAAGGUUGUUUUUUCUCUUGUGGUCUGGACAAUUGCAAGAGGUAGCACGAUACCACAUCUAGGGCCAGACCUUUCAAGUCCUUCAUGCCAGGUCAUUGAUAGGGUUGUUUGUGCCUCGCACAUCCGCGUCUUCGGAUGGGAAAAGCGUACGUGUAUCGGCCUGGUACCCCUAGCUGCCGGCUUGUCCACGAAACUUGUGUUUCCACGUAUUUCCACUAAAUAG